UCCUCGGCCGAUGGUCGAAAACCGUUUUGCUUGUGUUUUUAUUUGCGUGUGGUUGUUGCUUAUGUUAUUAUGGAAAAUAGUAAAAGAAAAAUGAAUUCCAAUGCGCCGACGAAAGAGUGCCAGUAUGGAGGCGACUGUUAUCGUGUAAAUCCCGUGCAUUUCCGCGAGUAUGCCCAUCCACACAUUGAAAAGCUACUCGUCAAGGCGGCAUCACUCUCGAUGGUGGAAAUUCCCGACGAUGUGAAGGUAAACAAAAGCGUCUUUACGGAGCAGCUGAAAAUUGUGUCCAGCCUUUUCCCACAUCUGUCGUGUGACUCGACCAAUCCAGAAAAGAAACCCAAACAAGAACCGACUACAUCGAAACCACCACCCGUCGUCGCUAGUGCUGGUGCGGUUCCUUCGGGCAGUGUGCCAAAGGCGAAUCCGAAACCAUCCAGUGCGGAUAACAAAAACUCAAUCGAGGCGCUGUUUGCAGAACGAAGAGCAAAAAUGCAAGCAACCCAACAGAGCAAACCGGCACCCGAAUCGGUUGUUCCGGCAAAACAGGAAACUUACACGCCCAACAGGCCUACAACCUCCAACAACACGGGCAUAUCUUUGCAAAAAGCGCUACCUCGCGACAUCAACUCAUACUUCCCGGUUGUAGCACCACGCGGGCAAAUGGAACAGAAGCUUUCGGCGGCCGCCCCGUACAACUUUUUCCUUACCACCAUCACCGCGUCCAAGCGGACGCACGCGGAACCACUGUCCGUUACCUUCCAGGAGUUGCUCGACUCGAGCCUGGGUGAGCUGGAGUGUUCGGUACAGAUGAACUUUAUGGUAGACAUUGGCUGGCUGUUGGCGCAUUAUUUUUUUGCUGGGUACGAAAAUGUCCCACUGCUGAUACUGUACGGCGAUGAGACACCCGAGCUGCGAAUGGUAUCACAGAAGAAACCAAAUGUGACGGCGGUAAAGGUAGAAAUCAAAACGCCGUUCGGUGUGCACCACACCAAAAUGGGUCUGUACGGAUAUCGUGACGGUUCGAUGCGGGUCGUCGUUUCCACGGCCAACCUUUACGAGGACGAUUGGCACAAUCGUACCCAGGGGCUUUGGAUCAGUCCUCGUUUGCCUGCCGUGCCCGAAGGGUCCGACACGACGUACGGUGAAAGCAGGUCCGACUUUCGCUCCAGUCUACUCACGUAUCUCGACGCGUACAAGCUGCCACAGUUGCAGCCGUGGAUGGCACGAAUAAGAAAAACGGAUUUCUCUGAUGUCAAGGUAUUUCUCGUCGCUUCAGUUCCCGGCGGACACACCAACACGGCCAAAGGACCACUGUGGGGACAUCCGCGCUUGGGCUAUCUGCUAUCACAGCAUGCUGCACCGAUCGAUGAUUCCUGCCCGCUGGUAGCACAAAGCUCCAGCAUCGGUAGCCUUGGCCCGUCGCCCGAGUCAUGGGUGCUGGGAGAAAUUAUGGCCAGCUUUCGGAAGGAUAGUGCCCCGGUUGGCAUACGCCGAUUGCCCGGCUUUCGGAUGAUUUAUCCGAGCUUUUCGAACGUUCGCCAAAGCCAUGAUGGCAUGAUGGGUGGCGGAUGCCUUCCGUACGUAAGAAGCACACACGUGAAGCAGGAGUGGCUGAAGGACUAUCUGCAGCAGUGGUGCAGUCGAGCGCGGCAUCGUAACAAAGCGAUGCCGCACAUCAAAACCUACUGCCGUUGGUCACACCGAGGGCUGUACUGGUUUCUGCUCACCUCGGCCAACCUAUCGAAGGCGGCCUGGGGUGUGUACAACAAGACCGGCCGAUUCGAGAAACCGUUGCGUAUCAAUAGCUACGAAGCGGGCGUACUCUUCCUACCAAAACUGUUGCUGGACGAAAACUUUUUCCCGAUGGAAGCGAACAAGAAACAUCCACAGUUCCCGAUGCCUUACGAUGUUCCAACCAUUCCUUAUGCACCAGAGGACACUCCUUUCUUUAUGGAUUAUUUGACACAGCAUAAGUGAAACGCGUGCGGGUAGUUUGUAUUACCACGACGCGUGUUUCAUAAUUUCGUGAUUAAUUAUAAUGCGUGUUUAAUACUUUGGGAACUGGCUUUGCCAAACUGGCCGCAUAUGAUGGAUCUAUAAAAUUGAUACAUGUCGAUUGUAAA